AUGGCUUGGACUAACGUCAACUACCUGCCUUUAGUCAACAAGGCUCGCAGGCCCAAGUUCGACAUCUACGACCUUAACAACGUACCCCUGGUUCAAGGUGUCUCCCUCAUAAAAUGGCACCUACCGCACUCUAUCCAUGGCGAGCACCGCGGGCGGACCGCCAAGUGCCCCAUCGCCAACCACCGCGUUGAGUACGGCUAUGGCAAGGUCAUCCCCGUGCGCAUCGGAAUCGACAAGAACAACAGUCUGUCCGAAUGCCUGAUUGAGUUUGAGGUCCUGCAAGAGUUCAGCACCCACGGCGUCACCGGGAGGAGUGAGACCAUCACGCUAGGCAAGGUGACUCUGAACCUCAGCGAAUAUGUCGAGGAGAGCGAGACGGUGGUGCGCGAGGCACCUUUUCGAAGCCACGGCCCCAGUGUCGGUAGCACCACCAAUGGCUCUGCUGGGAACGUCAACGCUACGUCUCACACCCGCAAGAGGAGCAGUCUAUCACAACACACGCCCAUCACCCCAGACUCAAACGUCAGCCCAACGUCGUCAGCCUUGCCUUCAAAAUCGACCUCCAACGAGGCCACUAACAACAAAGCACCCUCGAUAAAUGAACCGGCUCCGGAGCAGCACGUCGAAGACGGCGUCAUCCGGCGCUAUCUGAUGCAGGACUCCAAGAUCAACAGUACCCUCAAGAUCGGCAUCCUCAUGAUGCAGGUAGACGGCGAGCGCAAUUUCUCUGCACCGCCGCUCAAGACAGCCGCCGUUUUUGGCGGCAUAGCAGGCAUGGUGGCCGAGGCAGCCGGCGGGGCCGGCGGUGCAGCGGCAGCCGCGGACUCGGGGGUGGCCGAGUUCGGGCACCUGCACCUGCAGGACGACACGCAGGACCCGAGCAGCAGCAACCUGAGCGCGCAGUUCUCGCUCGGCAAGAACAACGGCAAGUCGCGGGACAUCUACGAGCUUCAGGACAUGUACCGCCGCGCUCUGGCCGCCAGCUGGGCGUGCCAGCCCGGCGAGCUCCCCGCCGACGAGUGCAUAGAGGACAUCUUCGAGGGCGGCGACGGCUUUGGCGAGCCCGACGGCGGCUCGCCCGUCGCCUCCCCGUCAGCCGCCGGUGACGCCACACCUAGGGGCCACCACAGCCACCACCGCUCGCGCCACUCGCUGUCCCGGUUCGGCAGGAGGCUGAGCUUUAGGCGCGAGGACAGCGGCAGCGCCGGCGACGACGAGUUCCUGCGGCCGAGCGACAGGCGCGGGCUCGGCGGGCAGAAGAGGCAACACUCGCGGCACGGCAGCGGGGAGAGCGCACACACCGUGACGGCCAGGCAUGACCACGCGCCGCACCACCACGGCGGGCCCCGUGCCCCGAGUGGGCAUCGGCGGGACGGCAGCAAGGACAGCGGGCGGCCGCCCAGCUCGUCGGGGAUGCGCGGUCGGAGCGAGAGCCUGUCGAGCUUGGCUGCUACGAUCGAGAGCGAAAGGGGUAGGAGCGGGUUUAAGAGCGCGAGGGAGGUCAACGAGUUCGACGUGCGGGAUGACAUGGUUGCUUGGAAGCUGCCUGGUACUGCUGUCUCUUGA